AUGUCGUCACAUCAGCGGACCUUUUCCCACUCGCAAUCCCAAUCGGGUACGAGGGAAAAGACCUACUUUGAGCAGCAGCGCGAAGAACUCAUUGGCGAAAUCGCAAUGGAGAAUGCUGACGGGGAAAUCCAGAACUUUGAGCAAGUCCUCGCCAACAUCAAUAAGCUGAACCGUUCGCUUGAGGCAGUCAUUACGGUCGGAAACGAGUUCUCCUCCGUCGAGGCGCUGUGGUCGCAGUUCGAAAACGUAAUGGCGAAAGAACCCGAGGAAAACAAGCAGGGCGAUACCGAGGAGGGCAGCGAUGGCGAGACGAAGAACGAGCAGAGAUCAUGA